CGCUGUAAAGUGUGAUAAGCAAAUGGACACAAAUGAAAACACUUGCUCUACUAUAUAAGGAAGACCUGCCAUUGACGACUUGACAAGCCRGCAAAGAUGGCCAACAACAGCCCGGUUAAUGURACAAAUUCCACGCUAACAGUUCCACCUCAGGUCUUUGAAUCUCACRGCCUUCGAUGCUUUCGUCUUGUGUUCUACGKUGUCGUUGCUUUGGCUUCUCUACUGGGAAACRCAGUCGUUAUUAGAUCAAUAAUGGUUAUUCCAUACCGCAAGCCCAUGACGUACCACAUGGUGUCGAGUUUAGCAGUGGCUGAGCUUGUAGGGACUAUACUACUUCCUUUUAUUCAGAUUUACGACGAGCUGAAUACCUGGCCAUUUGGUGAACUCAUGUGCCAGCUCGUUAGUCCAGGCCAGAUUACAUCCGUUUUGGUUGUCACUUGGACGUUAGCUAUCAUCUCAGUGCAUCGGUACCGAACUCUUGUCCAACAGAGCCAUGUGGUAUACUUGAAGAAUACAUCAUUUUUCAUCGCCAUGAUGUGGACAUGCGCAGUGAUUAUUACCUUCCCAUCAUUCCUGUAUUCCAAACUGGUCAAAUCCCCCUAUGAUCGUCAUAGUUACUGGUGCGUGGUGCUAUUCCCGGGAGAAACCCUGUCGUCCUUCCCUUCGCCGGUAUACAAGAGAUACCUGAUGGUACGUUUUAUCAUCAACUUCCUUGUCCCCAUGCUGAUAAUGGUCCUUGCAUAUGGWGCUAUUGGAAUUAAGCUCAGGUACCACUUGUCAACUAUUAGAUCCAAAGACGGCUCAAUGUCCCUUGAUCUCUCUGCUGCACCUGAAACCGCGCAGAUUUCAGCUGCUGAAAACAGUGGAAACAAAGUAGAAGAGAACAUGGCGCAGUCUAACUUAAARCCCGACGAGCGSUCUUCAAGUACCGUUUACGCUGAAGCACAAGUUGCGAUUGUUAUUAUGAAAAGAAGCGAAAGUAAAGACGACGGCACGUUUCAGCAAGACCCAGUCAGCUUAAUWAUGGAACUGGAACARGAUCUGUUGAAGAUGAUYUACAUGAUUGUGACUGUAUUCGUUCUGUUCUACAUACCAUACCAAGUGUACUUCUUCCUGGAGUAUUUUGAAGUGAUUUCGCAUGGGAAAUGGGAGUUUCUUCACAUAACAAGAAAGUACAUUUUCCUCAUCACCUGYCUUCCAAGCGCCCUUCACCCACUCUGCUAUGGAACAAUGAGCAAGUUUUACGCAAAAAUAUUUCGUGGGAUUAUUCUUUGUAAAGGGACCAAUCAUUUCAGCAGAUAAAAGCCUUGUGUACCUUGAGUAUAAAGAGAUCGCUACCAAGAGGUUAUAGUAUCGCCAUUUGUGGUGGGAAAAAUAAAAACGAACCGUACAUUUACAACCAAAGAAAUUGCCUUUUCCUACUCAUUUAUUAUCUAUUUACAGCAAUGAAAACUACUAACUCAAACAUUUAUAACUCAAAAGCRUGUAUUAAAAAGGACAUAAUA